UGUGCCACAUGACUGUUGGGCUGAGUAUGAAGCCAGCCUUUAUGUGUCAGAAAGGCAGAGAUACACUUAAUGCAUCUGAAGUGCUUCAAAGUCAGAUUUCUGUAUCAGAUCCCUGUGUUUACAGAGCAGGAGGAAAGCUGGGCAUGUCUGGAUUUAUCCCACAUGUUGACUCACAGCUCUCCUAUUCAGAGCCAAAACCACUCCUAGUAACACUUCCAGUCACCAACAGCACUGCCAGCUAGCAAAAGCAGAUAACAGCAGAGGUAAACUUCCAGUCUGCUUUAGCCUGAAAACUUGAAUCUUGGUGGAAAAGGGAUUUUAGAUGUUGGAAGUAAUUGGAAACACAUCAGGCAUCUUCUAUUCAGUGGUCAAAUCUUCAAAGGCUUUGUGAGCAGUGGAAGUUUCUGCAUUGGGAAAGCUCUCCUGAGCUACAGUCUUCAGUGCCAAAAUUGGUCUGUGAAGGCAGUUCAUUUUGUGAAACCCAGCCCAACUGCACUUGAAAAGAACAGCAAGCACAGAAGGACAACAACUCACCCAUACCCUUAAUUGAUCUGGUAUUUCUACAAGGUGCCACCCUUUUCCACACCUCCUACCUCCUCCUUAAGUGACUCAGCCUCUGAAGGAGAAAUCUCUUGACUUUUCAGACAGCUGGAUGGGGAAGAACAGUUCAGCUCUCAGCCUGCUUUGAUUGUGCCUCCCUUCCAGGCUGACUAACCACACUGAGCCACACUAGGACACGAACUUCUGCCAUACCUAGAUUCCCGCAAAAGAACGGAACAAUCCCACAGGACAAAUGUCAGCUUUCAACAUACGGAAACAGUCUCCUAAUCAAGGAGAUAAGAAGAGCCCCUCUGUUGCAAUUAAAAGCAGACAACAGGCUACUCAUGAUAUUAAUAAACGACGGACCCUUUUGCAAGAUAACAGCUGGAUAAAGAAGAAGCCUGAGGAGGAAAGUGCUGAUGAAAACUACGGAAGGGCGGUGCUUAACCAAUACAAAUCCCAAGAUAGCCUACACAGCAGUAGCACAAAUGGAAAGGAAGAUCAGAAAGGUGUUCUUGGACGAUACAGAUCUGAUACCACCUUGGACAGAAUUCCAGCCGGAAGUGAUACUAAUAAAAUAAAUAAGUCCCCAACUCUGAACCAUAAGCAAAACAACAGACAGUCUUGGACUCCUAAUGCAGCAUCCACAACCACUACAGUUGUUGCUCCAGUCAAGAAAAAGAGGCAAUCUUGGAUGCCUCCCCCAGUUUCCAGUAGUAGGACUCCAACAGAAAAAGUGGAAAGCAAACGGACUGCCCCUUCAUCAGAACAGGUGAUCCCUCAGAAAUCAGGGACUGAUGUGGACAAUCAAGCUACAGCAAGGAGCCAGGACCUCAGUAACCUCAGCAAAGUGAUUCCAAGUUUUUCCACAAGUGACAAAGAAGGAAAAAACCUUUCAGAUUUGACUGAAAAAAAUACUGCUGAUCAGAAAAAUAAGAGAGAUGAGUACCUUGGGGAUCACACUGAAGUAAAGUCUACUGAUGGCCAAAGUAAAAAGUGGAUAAUUGAGAAAGCAUAUGAAAAUCCUCCAAGGGCUCAAAAUAAUCUCCCAGAAAUAAAGUACUCCAGUGACAAUGAAAGAAAGACCAGCAAAUCAUCACUUGGUGGCUAUGAAAAAAAUAUAACUGGAAAUACCAUCAAAACUGUUUAUUCUACUUCUGAUCGGAGUAUAAUUGGAAAAGAUAUAUGUACAUACUGCAGGAAGCCCUUGGGCAUAGAUGCCAAAAUGAUCUUAGAUGCCUUGCAAAUUCACUGUCAUUCGACUUGCUUCAAGUGUGAAGUAUGUAAGAGACCUCUGGAAGAUCUAAAAGCAGGAGACAGCAUUUGGAUUUACAAACAAACUGUGCACUGUGAGCCUUGUUAUUCCAAAGUUAAAGAAAAAUGGAUCUACUAAUUUUGACACACAGAACAUAUGAUGAAGAAAUUACUAAUGUUAAGAUAACUGUAUUGGCCUGUUAAGUCAAAACACUGUGGGAAGUUAUUCAUUUUUACUGCUGAGAAUUCUCUGAACAAAGUCCUACUGCAUGGUUAUUAAAAGAAUUAUCUUAAUGAGAAUUUAGAUGCAUUUUCAUGCACACAUUGCAGGAAGCAAAACAAGAUAUUGGUCAGUAUAUAUAUCAGAUCUGUGAAGCUACUAAAUUUUAAGUCAAAUCAAUUGUAAUUUAUUGAAAUUUUCUGAAUACCAGGACAUUCCUACAUAUUUGUUUUGAAGGGGCUGUAUUCUCUUUUACUCCAAUAUAAAGACCUGUUUGCUUAAUAUAGCAUGAAUGGGAUUUUCCUUAUCAAGAUUAGCCAUUUAGAAGUCAUUCAGUUUAAAUGACUGUUUUUCAUGCAGGGGGAAGUAGGUUCAUAUCGCACCUACAAGGGGAGACAUCAAACUCCAGAGAAAGGUUCUUCCUAAAUAACUUGAACAAUAAGUUUGAGAUGGAACAACUAAUUUUUGGAAAAUGCAUCUCUACUACUGCAGAAGGAAUCUGGACAAAAAUUGCUAGAGGGUUUUAAGAACUACCCCACUCCAUGUUUGCAAUUCUGGUAACUAUUUAAUCACCAUUUUUUAAGAAGUGCACACUUAAUAGUUGCCAUGAAAUAAUCAAACACCUACUUUGCAUGACAGUAUGUUGUAUUUAUCUUUCCUACUUUUAUUAAACUGACUUAUCGAAAAACUUUGGAUCGAUUCAUCUUGCCUAAAUUUAUACAUCUACAGUGUAGAUUUCUGUUUCUGAGUUACUUGAUUUAUUCUAUCCCAUAGAGAGAAGCAGACAUUUGUAGGAAGCAGUUCAAUUGGUCAGAUUGCAAACAUCUAUUUUACUGCGACAUUAAUCAAUGUACAUCUUUACUUCCAUGGUUUGCAAAGGAACCUGGAAUGAACAGCUCAGAUUUCUACACAUCUACACUAUGUCAGUCACACUCCUUCCUUUGAAACUUUUUCCUUUGUGAAACCUUUUUUUUUUUCCUUUUGGAGAGAAUAUAACAAUUGAAACAGAAUAUAACUGAAGAAGAAUUCAUGCUUUCUUAUAAUAUGUUGUCUGAAAUAAUCAAUAGUUCAGUAGCUUACUGGACAGACAAAGGUAUUGACUACUAGUCUUUGUCAUGAGAUGCUUUAGAUUAUGGUUUAUUCAGAACGGAUUUUUCUUCCUUACAUCUCAAUUUAAGUGGACUUCCUGGAUGUGACAGAGUUAGUGUUUGAAGGCUGCUGGACCUAGGCAAGAGCUUAAAAGCAUGCUAAGUAUUAAAGCCAUAGGUUAAUAAUAGACUGGUGAGUAGCUGUCCCAGUCAAACUCUCUCCUUGACUGCACAUUUCAUAGGGGAGGCAGGAGGUAUGGAUGUCUGUGUAAUUUAAAGCACUGGGCCUGCAGCUGAGUAAGUAUGUUGUCUGGCUUAAAGGAUGUUCAGACUGAUUAUGCAAUGGAGA